UCGCCGACGGCUUUUCCCAUAUUUUCAGUCAAUAUCUCUCUAGAUCACACCACACCCCUUCCUCACUCUAUACAUACAAAUAUAUUCAUACAGCAAUAACGUAUAUUGAUUGGAAAUGAAUUGAGAGAAGCGCAUUUUCUCUGGUAGUGGAAGGCCCGGAGACUCCAUAUUUGAAGCGAAGACCUUGUGAACCUUUGGAUCGAGAGAAUUUCAAGGGCUAGAAUCUAGAUAGAAGUUGAGGUUUAUCCGCUGGAUCGGAUCUGAGUUUCGAAGGACAUGGCGUUGUCUGGAAUGAGAGGUCUAUCGGUAUUUAUAAGCGAUAUUCGCAAUUGCCAGAACAAAGAGCAGGAGCGCCUCCGCGUCGACAAGGAGCUGGGCAACGUCCGUACUCGCUUCAAGAACGAAAAGGGCUUGACUCCUUAUGAGAAGAAGAAAUAUGUUUGGAAGAUGCUUUACAUUUAUAUGCUUGGUUAUGAUGUGGAUUUUGGUCACAUGGAAGCAGUUUCUUUGAUAUCUGCUCCAAAGUAUCCCGAGAAGCAGGUUGGUUACAUAGUCACUUCUUGUUUGCUGAAUGAGAAUCAUGAUUUCUUGAGAUUAGCAAUCAAUGCUGUGCGGAAUGACAUAAUUGGCCGCAAUGAGACUUUUCAGUGCCUAGCUUUAACUUUGGUUGGAAAUAUAGGUGGAAGGGAAUUUGCUGAAUCUCUAGCACCUGAUGUGCAAAAGCUACUAAUUUCAAGUAGCUGCCGGCCACUUGUCAGGAAGAAAGCUGCAUUGUGUCUCUUACGUCUUUUUAGAAAAAACCCUGAUGUGGUGAAUGCAGAUGGCUGGUCAGAUUGGAUGGCACAAAUAUUGGAUGAACGUGACUUGGGUGUCUUGACAUCUUCCAUGAGUUUGUUAGUGGCUUUAGUGUCAAAUAACCAUGAAGCAUAUUGGAGUUCUCUUCCAAAGUGUGUAAGAAUAUUGGAAAGACUUGCCAGGAACCAAGAUGUUCCACAAGAAUACACUUACUAUGGAAUCCCGUCUCCUUGGCUUCAGGUGAAGACAAUGAGGGCACUUCAAUACUUUCCGACUAUUGAAGAUCCAAACACUCGUAGAUCACUGUUUGAGGUUUUACAACGUAUACUCAUGGGAACUGAUGUUGUGAAAAAUGUGAACAAGAACAAUGCCUCACAUGCCGUUCUCUUUGAAGCCCUUUCUCUUGUCAUGCAUCUUGAUGCCGAAAAAGAAAUGAUGUCUCAAUGUGUUGCAUUGCUUGGAAAAUUUAUUGCUGUCCGUGAACCAAAUAUUCGUUAUCUUGGCCUGGAAAAUAUGACUCGGAUGUUGAUGAUUACAGAUGUACAGGAUAUAAUCAAAAGACAUCAAGCACAGAUUGUUACCUCACUUAAGGAUCCUGAUAUCAGUAUAAGGAGGCGUGCUCUCGAUUUGCUGUAUGGAAUGUGCGAUGUUUCUAAUGCAAAAGACAUAGUUGAAGAAUUAUUGCAGUAUCUUAGUUCAGCAGACUUUGCAAUGCGUGAGGAGUUGUCACUAAAGAUUGCAAUUCUUGCAGAGAAGUUUGCCCCUGAUUUAUCAUGGUAUGUUGAUGUGAUCCUACAGUUGAUUGACAAGGCAGGAGAAUUUGUCAGUGAUGAUAUAUGGUUUCGUGUUGUGCAAUUUGUUACAAACAAUGAGGAUCUACAGCCCUAUGCAGCUUUGAAAGCUAAAGAGUAUCUUGAUAAGCCUGCUAUUCAUGAGACAAUGGUUAGGGUGAGUGCAUACAUCCUUGGAGAAUACAGCCAUAUUCUGGCAAGACGGCCUGGGUGUAGUCCAAAGGAAAUCUUUAGCAGCAUACACGAGAAGCUUCCUACUGUUUCGACUUCAACAAUUCCUAUUCUCCUAUCAACAUAUGCUAAGAUUUUGAUGCACACACAACAACCAGAUCCAGACUUGCAGAAUCAAAUUUGGGCCAUAUUCCGAAAGUAUGAAAGCUGUAUUGACGUUGAAAUACAACAACGAGCUGUAGAAUACCUUGAACUGAGUAAAAAAGGUGCAGUUUUGAAGGAUGUUUUAGCUGAAAUGCCAAAGUUCCCUGAACGACAGUCUGCAUUGAUAAAAAAAGCUGUGGAAACUGAGGCUGAUACUGCUGACCAAAGUGCAAUCAAGUUGCGUGCACAGCAGCAGACUUCUAAUGCUUUGGUAGUGACCGACCAACACCUAACUAAUGGAAGUCCACCUGUUAACCAGCUAGGUCUUGUAAAGAUACCAACCAUGAGCAAUGUGGAUAAUAGCUCAGCAGAUGAAGGUGUGACACAGGCAAAUGGAACUUUGACUGUUGUUGAUCCUCAACCUCAACCCUCUUCAACACCUUCACCUGAUCUUCUUGGGGAUCUAUUAAGUCCACUAGCUAUUGAAGGCCCUCCAGCUGGUGGUAACCAAGCUGACACAAAUUUGGCAUCCGAUGCUAAAGGUGCUCCAAUGCCGCCAGAGGCUUUAGCAUUGGCACCAGUCGAAGAGCAGACAAAUACUGUCCAGCCAAUUGGAAAUAUUGCAGAAAGGUUUCAUGCAUUAUGCCUCAAGGAUAGUGGUGUAUUAUAUGAAGAUCCUUAUAUACAGAUUGGCAUAAAAGCUGAGUGGCGAGCACAUCAUGGACGGCUUGUCCUCUUUUUGGGAAAUAAAAAUACUGCUCCACUUGCAUCAGUUCGAGCUUUAGUAUUGCCCCCAACGCAUCUGAAGAUGGAGCUGUCAUUAGUACCUGAGACUAUUCCUCCACGGGCACAGGUUCAAUGUCCACUGGAAGUAAUCAACCUGCACCCAAGUAGGGAUCUGGCUGUUCUUGAUUUCUCUUAUAAGUUUGGGACCCAAGCGGUUAAUAUUAAACUUCGGCUUCCCGCUGCCUUGAACAAGUUUCUUCAGCCAAUAACAGUAACUGCUGAGGAAUUUUUUCCACAGUGGAGAUCAUUAUCAGGACCACCAUUGAAACUCCAAGAAGUGGUUCGAGGUGUAAGACCAAUGCCACUUUUGGAAAUGACAAACCUGUUUAGCAGCUUGCAAUUGAUGGUUUGUCCGGGACUUGAUCCAAAUGCUAAUAACUUGGUUAUAAGCACAACUUUCUAUUCAGAGAGUACAAGAGCCAUGCUGUGUUUGAUAAGAAUAGAAACAGAUCCUGCCGAUAGAACUCAGCUGCGUAUGACAGUUGCUUCUGGGGACCCAGCACUAACAUUUGAGUUGAAGGAGUUCGUUAAAGAACAAUUGGUUAGCAUUCCUACAGCCACUCCUAGACCAGCCAUGCCAGCACCUUCACAACCUCGGGCAGCUAGCCCACCUCCAGUGGCAUCAGAUCCGGGGGCUUUACUUGCAGGUUUGCUUUGAGUGAAUCUAAUUUGUCAAACACUUGUGCACAACCAACAUUUGUACAAUUUGUUUAUACAUCGAGUCCACACGUGUAAAAAGAUGAGGUGGGUCUCAAACAAUUGAAUGCAAGGGCUGGCGGGAGCAGUGAUGAGCAUGUAUCUAAUUGGGUUAUAGCAAUUAUGGGAUUCUUGGGCAGUCAGGUUGCAGUUUUGGGAUUCUUUGCACAAAUACUUUGUGCUUUUUGAGGUUUUCCUUUUCGAGGUGGCUGAGGGUUUAUUUUAGUAUUAUUUUUCACCUUUGAAUUCUCUUGGUUUAGUCAGGUUCUACAUCAUUGGCUUCUUUAGUAUGAAUAGCAAAAUACAAAGUGAAUGUAACCAUUGCAGGUUUGUGAUCCAUAUGUAUUUUAUUAGGUAAAAAUUUUAAUGAGAAGAGGGGAAUGAUUUAGUAUGAUUUGACUA